AUGCUCGUCGGCGUCCUCGUCGGACUCUUCCAGGGGGUCGGUCGUGCUGGCGACGUGCCAGGCGUCUAUGCGCGAAUAAAUCAGCUUGCGGAGGCCCGGGCCCGACGGAUGGGAAACAAUUCUGACGUUCUAGCAUGCUGCGCUCUUGGUACUGACCUGGGGCGGGGGACGGGCGGCGCGGUGCGCAGGCUCGUGAUUGGCGUGCGGGUGCACGGGAUAGUCGUGCGACAGCGAGGACCCCCGACUGCCGCCGGAGGUCGAGCCCGCGGGGCGGUACGACCUGGACACAGCUGCGAAAGCGCGGUGAGCCUGCGCCGCCCGCGGCGCCGUGCGGCGGCGCGCCUGGAGGGAAAGCGGCGACUCACGCGGGACGAGGGACGGCGACUGGAUGAUGAGCGGCGGCGGGGGGAACGGCUUCGGCUUGCGCUUCUCCUGCUCCAUCUCCUCGACGAGCUCGCGGAGGAACUUGCUGCGGUGCGCGCUCAUGCGGCGGCCCCACUCGACCUCGUCCGGGGGGUCCACGUUCUCCUGCUGCAUCUCGUCGCGGGAGAGGUUGCGCAUGCGCGGGACCUUGCACGGGUUCGCGCGCGCGUAGUCGUCGUCGAACGGGUUCGGCUUGUCGGGGCCCUGGAGGUAGUGGAACAUGAUCCAGAGGAACGCGCGCGCGCGCGACUGCGAGGAGAGGUUGACGGGGAGGAAGAGGUCGAGGAACUCGAGCGGCGCGUCAAAGUGGCUGGUCGCGAGUUGCUGUGGGCGGGGCACGCGUUGGGCGGUGGUGAGGUGAUAAUGCGGGCGCGCGGAAUUGAUUCAGGCGGUGCAGCGAUGAGAGGGGACAGGCAGACACGCACACGCCAUGGUGGUGUUGAUUCUGCCGACGUUGGUGAGGAGCGAAAUUUUCGCAAACUCGAUUGCGAAGGCGGGGGUCUCGACCAUCUUAUAGUCAACGAAUGCCACGGUGCGAUCGGCGAAGAUGUAAUAGAGAAGAUCAUAUUGGAGGUCUUCCCGAGUGAGAGGCUCUGCGUCGCCGCGCUUGAUGGGGAGGGUCUUGCGGCCGAGGUACUGGGGGCUGGUGGGGGUAAAGGACAAAGAGUGAGCGCAGGACGGGGCGGGGAGGGGGAGACGACAGACGGGGUGGUGACCUGCUUGGGGUCCCAGGGGGGGACGGAGGGGGGCGCGGGGCCGGCGGAGAGAUGGUCUGUAGGGCUGGAUGACGCCAUGAAGAGGAGGAAGGGCGGGGAGCACGAGGCUAGUACUGACCCUCUGGGCACGAGGCGCCGCGAAAUACGGGGAUUCGAGUGCGGAGGGAAAUCUCACGUGUGGUCUGGAGGCAGUAUGCCUAGCCCGAUACACAUCAGCUUCAACUCGAUCGAUGGUAGCGGCAGCGAGGGCGAGAAAAAUGCAGCAGACAGGGGUGGACGUGGAAAAGCUGAUCGAACGGGGCGUCGCUAUCUGGACGAGGAUCCGGGGCGGGCGGGGGCGUGCAGAGAAUCAGCCUCUGCACUCAUAGUAACCGUGCCUAUGGAUCCACCCCGCGCUCACUUAUCCCUGGCGGUGGUGGCUGACCCCUCCUCACAGACGCCCACCGAUCUCUGA